UCGUACGUGUUCACGCGAACAGUUACUUGUUAUGUUUAGUCGUGUUGUGAGGGAAUCGAUGACCGUCGAAUUGUCGUGAAUCGUUCUUGGUGUUUUCAGUAAUCCGGUCGCGUUGAAUUAUGCAGUUUUAUAAGGAAAAGCUUCUGUCGCCCGGACAACUAAAACGCCUGAGCGAGCACAAAUACAGCUGCACGAGUAACAGUCUUUUGGAUGGGCUACUUCAACCCUGGUGGGACUGGCUGGUCAGCAAGGUUCCGCUUUGGCUUGCGCCCAAUUUAAUCACGGUUCUGGGGCUUAUCGUCAACAUCGUUACCACUUUGAUUCUUGUUUAUUACAGCCCCGACGCCAAGGCCGAGGCACCUCGAUGGGCAUGUUUCUUAUGUGCAUUUGGCCUAUUUGUUUAUCAAAGUUUAGAUGCCAUAGAUGGCAAACAGGCUAGAAGAACAGGGACUUCGACUCCAUUGGGUGAACUUUUUGAUCAUGGAUGUGAUUCCAUUUCGACUGUAUUUGUUGCUCUGUCAGCGUGUAUAGCAGUACAAUUAGGAUAUUAUCCAACAUGGAUGUUUUUCCAGUGCUUUUGUGCUAUGACACUUUUUUACUGUGCUCACUGGCAGACUUAUGUUUCAGGGUCACUAAGGUUCGGCAAGGUAGAUGUCACUGAAGCACAGUUUACCAUUAUUACUAUUCAUCUCAUUUCUGCAGUUUUUGGACCUAAAGUGUGGAUGAUGGAGAUACCAGUGUUCGGUGUAGGCACGAUCAGUAACUACGUAGCAGUGAUAUUUUAUGCAGGCUACAUUCAUGCAUUCCUUGAAUUCUGUAAAGUAUUUGAAUCUGGUGGGAUUGGAAAGAAUGGUUCCACAAUUGCAGGAACGUCAGUUUUAUCUCCAAUUAUUCCAUUUAGCUUUGUGGUAGUACCAGCUUUUAUAAUUUAUAGAAAAAGUGCCGAGCACGUAUAUGAAAAUCAUCCUGCAUUGUACAUACUUGCAUUUGGAAUGGUUGCCGCUAAAGUUACGAAUCGUUUAGUGGUCGCACAUAUGACGAAAAAUGAAAUGCAAUAUUUAGACAGUUCGCUGAUUGGACCAGCAAUGCUGUUCCUGAAUCAGUAUUUCAAUUUUUUUAUCAAAGAAUAUUAUGUUCUUUGGUUGUGCUUUAUUUGGGUUACUCUGGAUUUACUCCGGUAUAGUGCUCAAGUUUGCCUUGAGAUCUGCGAUCAUAUGAUGAUCAAACUGUUUAGGAUACCAUUAGGAGACCAUCGAAUGAGCCAGGUUUCUAGUGCAGCUGAAAAAAAUGUUCGCAUGAUGGUGGAACAAGAGCCUCUGUUAGACGAGGAAUAUCAUCACGGAUCCGAUACUACCCUCGACCUAUGACCGUUGCAAAAGUAUUCAUCGGCGUGAUGAUGAUUAUUUAAACACUACAUUGGGUGGUGUAAAUAAUACAUCUAAAUUAAAACACUAAUAUCACACACACACACACACACACACACACACACUUACAUUAAUGUA